GUGUGAGGCGAGGGGCCGAGGAGGGUCGCUGCCGCCUUCGCCAUGGUGCUGGAGUCGGUGGUGGCCGACCUGCUGAACCGCUUCCUGGGCGACUACGUGGAGAACCUGAACAAGUCCCAGCUCAAGCUGGGCAUCUGGGGCGGUAAUGUUGCGCUGGACCACUUACAAAUUAAAGAGAACGCACUGAGUGAACUUGAUCUACCUUUCAGAGUAAAGGCUGGACAAAUUGACAAACUGACCUUGAAGAUUCCCUGGAAGAAUCUAUAUGGAGAAGCCGUAGUUGCAACUCUAGAAGGCUUGAACCUUCUGGUUGUCCCUGGGGCAAGCAUUAAAUAUGAUGCAGAAAAAGAGGAAAAGUAUCUACAGGCUAAUAAGCAAAGGGACCUGUCAAGAAUUGAAGAUGCCCUGCAGAAAGCAGCAGAGAAAGGCGGUCAUUCAGAUUUCAUAUAUGGGCUGGAGACCUUUGUGUGCACGGAUGUCAAACCCGGACGUAAGUCUAAAAAGUCUAAAAAGCAUUUUAAGAAACGAUUUAAAGGUCGCGAUCGCUCAAAAGACAAACCAAAGGAAGAGAAGAAAGACACUUUUCUGGAAAAGCUUGCCACGCAAGUCAUCAAAAACGUACAAGUCAAAAUCACAGGGAUCCAUAUCAAGUAUGAGGACGACAUCACAGAUCCCAGCCGACCCAUAUCUUUUGGAAUGACUCUGGGCGAACUGAGCUUACUGACUGCUAAUGAAAACUGGACUCCUUGCAUUCUAAACGAGGCUGCAAAAAUAAUAUAUAAGCUGUUGCGUCUCGACUCCCUCAGUUUCUACUGGAAUGUGGACUGUGAAAUGUAUUAUCGUUCUUCCCAGGAACAAAUACUGGAGCAGUUGAAAAGAGGAGUCCCUUCAGUUGGCCGAGAACCUCCGAACUACCAGUACAUAUUUAGGCCGGUGUCGGCUUCUGCAAAGAUGUACAUCGACCCUUAUGCAGAAAUGGAGCUGAAGACUCCAAAGGUUGAUUGGAGCAUGGAAGUGCAGAGCAUUGCUGUGGAACUGACCAAGCCUCAGUACCUUAGCAUGAUCGAUUUUCUGGAGUCCGUAGAUUAUAUGGUACGAAACUCCCCCUACCGAAAGUACAGACCGGAUAUACCACUGCAUAAGAAUGCUAGAAAAUGGUGGAACUAUGCAAUAAAUAGUAUUCUUGAGGUUCACAUCAGGAAGUCUUCCCGCAUGUGGUCGUGGAGUAACAUAUGGCAACACAGGCAGCUUCUGAAAAGUUACAAAAACGUUUAUAAAAACAAACUGACUCAGGCAAAAGUGUCCGAAGAAACACAGAAACAGCUUCAGGAUCUUGAAAAAAACCUAGAUGUUUUCAAUAUCGUUUUAGCACGACAGCAAGCACAAGUCGAGGUUAUAAGGUCAGGACAAAAGCUACUGAGGAAGAAGUCCACUGAUGCAGAGAAAAAAGGAGGCGGUUGGUUUAGUGGACUGUGGGGUAAGAAGGAAGCUAAGAAAAAAGAAGACGAGGAAGAGCUGUCAGUUCCUGAAACUAUCGAUGAUCUCAUGACGCCAGAAGAGAAGACGAAACUUUUCACUGCCAUUGGCUAUAGUGAGAGUUCUCACAAUCUGGCACUGCCCAAGAAGUACGUUGCCCACGUGGUAUCCCUGAAGCUGUUAAGUACUUCCUUUACGAUUAAAGAAGACAGAAACACUCCAGACACUCUUAAAGUCCAGAUUAUUGAUUUGAGCACUAAAAUAUCACAGAGACCAGGAGCACAAGCCCUUAAGGUAGAGGCGAAGCUUGAGCACUGGUACGUGACAGGCCUGAGGCAGCAGAAGGUCGUGCCUUCUCUCGUCGCUUCGAUCGGGGAUGCCAGAUCAUCUCUGCUCAGAAUAGAGUUCGAAACAAAUCCAGAAGACAGUGCAGCCGAUCAGAGUUUCUUCGUAGAGUCGCAGCCCGUGGAAAUUAUAUACGAUGCCAAAACAAUCAAUGCAAUGGUCGAAUUCUUCCAGACAGACAGAGGCAUGGAUCUGGAACGCCUAACCACAGUUACGCUAUCAAAGCUGGAGGAAAUUAAAGAAAGGACGGCUACAGGGCUUACGCAUAUUAUUGAAACUCGAAAAGUUCUUGACCUGAGGGUUAAUCUUAAACCUUCUUACCUAGUGGUUCCACAGACAGGCUUCCACCAUGAAAAGUCAGACUUUCUUAUUCUGGACUUUGGUACUUUUCAGCUGAACAGCGUCAAUCAAGGCAGCCGCCUUGCUUCGGGAACGUCACUGGAAGAGAUUAUGGAUAAAGCGUAUGACAAGUUUGAUGUAGAGAUCAAGAACGUGCAGCUUCUCUUUGCCAGAUCAGGAGAAGACUGGAAGAAGGCUCGGUUCGAGCAUCCGUCGACUCUGCACAUUUUGCAACCCAUGGAUAUAGACAUACAGCUUGCCAAAUCGAUGGUGGAAAAGGAUAUCAGGAUGGCCAAGUUCAAAGUUUCGGGAGAGCUGCCUUUGGUUCACCUGAGAAUUUCUGACCAGAAGAUCAAAGGCGUGUUUGAACUCAUCGACAGCAUUCCCCUUCCGCAGAAGCCGGUCGUUUCAGCGUCAAGUGCAAAAACACCUGUCAUUUCUGUCAUUUCCGAGAAUAGAAACGGAUUUCUUGGCACAUCGCUGUUGUUGGAAGGGGUAGAAUCAGAAUCUGAAGAAGAGUACUUUGAUGCCACUGAGUGUUCCAAAUCACCGGAAAAGAGUCCUGUUAAACGAAGAGCAAUCAAGACCGAAGCGGAGGCCGUUCGGGAAGAGCUCACGGACCUUCAGUUGAAGUUCGAGAUCAGGGAGGUGAUUCUGGAACUCACCAAGCAACUCCAGAGAGAGGAAACCAUCGUUAUGUUUAACGUCAAGCAGCUCGGAACAGAAGCUGUCGUCAGAACCUACGACUUGAGAGCUGUGUCCUACUUGAGGAAGAUCAGCCUGGAUUAUCAUGAAGUUCAAGGUAAAAGGCAGCCUCUCCAUCUGAUUAGCUCUUCGGAUAAACCUGGAUUGGAUCUCUUGAAAGUGGAAUACAUCAAAGCCAAUAAAAAUGGUCCAAAAUUUCACACGGAUUUUGACAACACUGAACAAACUGUUCAGGUGGCUUUCUCUUCACUAAAUCUGCUACUGCACACGCAGGCCCUCCUCUCAACUAUAAACUUUCUCGCGGCUGUUAUUCCUUCAAGGGGCUUAGGAGCCACCGACGCAGGACCGUCGCCAGCGCAGGAGGGGAAACAGCAUACAGAUGCCAGCUCGAAGAAAGUGACAAAAACUGGCAAAGACAAGGACAUGUUUGACUUCAAGCUGUUUGCCAAGUUGGAUGCCUUCUGUUUGAACGUCUGCGAUGAGAAGAGCAAUAUUGCUGAAAUAAAAAUUCAAGGUCUUGACUCAUCUCUGUUUCUUCAGUCCAGCCAGACCACCCUGUUUGCCCGGCUGAAAGAUAUAAUUGUUACAGAUGUUGAUUCAAGGACAAUUCAUAAAAAGGCUGUUUCCAUAGUUGGUGAUGAAGUCUUCAGCUUCAACUUGGCACUGUACCCGAAUGCUACGGAGGGAGAUGCUUACACAGACAUGUCCAAGGUGGAUGGGACAGUGUCUCUCAAAGUGGGCUGUAUUCAGAUUGUCUAUCUGCAUAAGUUCCUUAUGGCACUUCUGAACUUCCUGAGCAACUUCCAGAUGGCCAAAGAGGCCUUGAGCGCCGCCACCGUCCAGGCGGCAGAAAAAGCGGCCACGAGCGUGCGAGACUUGGCCCAGAGGAGCUUCCGGCUGUCCAUGGACAUCCACCUGAAGGCUCCCGUCAUCCUCAUCCCGCAGUCUUCGGUGUCUCACAAUGCUGUUGUCGUCGACCUGGGGUUGAUCAGGGUGCAGAACAAGUUCAGCUUGGUGUCGGCCGAGGGCUGCUUGCUGCCCCCAGUCGUAGACAAAAUGGACGUGCAGCUGACAAAGCUGAAGAUGGCCAGGACAUGUUUGCAGCCGGGCUUUUCCCAACCUGACAUCCAAAUCCUGCAUCCCAUCAACCUGAACCUCUCUGUGAACCGCAACCUGGCUGGAACGUGGUAUCACAAGAUACCCAUGAUGGAAAUCAGAGGAUAUCUAGAUCAGAUGAAUAUUAUCCUAAGUCAAGAGGAUUUGAACGUUCUGCUUAAAGUCCUGACAGAAAACCUUGCUGAAGCAGACAGAAAUAUAAGUGAGAGGAAGCCAAGGACGCAAAGCGAAGGCAGUUUAAAAGAACCACCGGCAUCACUGGGAGUUCACAAAGAGAUCACAUCAGGAAGUAAAUUAUCGGGAGCGCCAAAAGAAGCCUUGCAGGAAGAUAUUACCAGCGUGCUGCUUAACUUUGAAAUCAAAGAGGUUGUAAUACAGCUAACGAAGCAGGUGGAAAAGAAGAGCGUCCUGAUGCAUACGUUAGCAGUGUCGCAGCUGGGGACUGAAGGCAGAAUUAGAACACAUGACAUGUCUGCUACAGCGUACCUGAAGAAAAUCACCAUGAAGUGCCUUGAGUUUAAAGACUCCAAAGGGGAUCCACUGAAUAUUAUCAAUUCUUCUGCUGAAGCCGAUGAGCAUCUUCUGAAGAUGGAAUAUAUAAAGGCUGACGAAGAUGGGCCGCACUUCGCAACCGUUUACAAAAGCACAAAGCAAGCGCUAAAUGUGUCCUUUUCGUCUUUAGAUCUCCUGCUGCACACGGAGGCCUUGCUCUCCAUCAUGAAUUUUGUCACGUCCAGCGUGGCCUCAGGCAGUCCUACAGCUGCCGAGAAGGAAACAGAAGCCAAGCUGCCAUCCGAGGAGCCCAAAACAGCUGCUGCAAAACCAGCUCCCCCUACCGGAGCCCGCGACGACGUGUGCGACUUAAAGCUCACUGCCAAACUGAACGCCUUCAACAUUUUGGUCUGUGAUCAGAAGAGCGAUACCGCUGAUAUACGAAUACAAGGCAUGGAGGCAUCUGUUUCUGCCAAGACCAAGGAGACUAACAUUUUUGCCAGGCUUCGGGACUUCGUCGUAAUAAACGUCGAUCCAAAGACAGUUCAUAAAAAGGCUGUCUCCAUAGUGGGGGAUGAAGUCUUCCGGUUUGUCAUGUCCCUUUAUCCUGAUGCCACAGAGGGAGAAGCAUACAUGGAUAUGUCCAAAGUAGAUGGCAAAAUGUCACUGAAAGUGGGCUGCAUUCAGAUCGUCUACCUGCAUCACUUCUUCAUGUCACUGCUGAACUUCUUAAAUCACUUCCAAGCCGCGAAAGAAGCCCUGAGUGCAGCCACAGCCCAGGCGGCGGAAAAGGCUGCGUCCAGCAUGAAGGACUUUGCCCAGAAGAGCUUCCGCCUCUCCAUGGACAUCAACCUGAAAGCGCCGGUGAUUGUCGUGCCUCAGUCGUCUGUUUCUCACAACGUGCUACUAGCAGAUCUUGGCUUGAUCACGGUGAAGAAUGAAUUUAAGCUGGUCUCUGCAGGAGAAUCUGCUCUCCCCCCAGUGAUUGACAAAAUGGAUGUACAGCUCACACACUUAAAACUCUCAAGGACAAUAAUAGCCAACAGUUCUCAGCCAGAUGUUGAAAUUUUGCAGCCUGUAAAUCUGCUUUUGUCAGUCCAGAGGAAUCUUGCAGCUGCUUGGUAUCCAGAAAUCCCAGGGAUUGCAGUCAAAGGAGACUUAAAGAGUAUGCAGAUCGCUCUCAGUCAAGACGACUUAACUCUUCUUAUGAAAAUUUUGCUGGAAAAUCUUGGUGAAGCUGCUGCACAUUCAAGAGUUACCCAGCCGACCACACCGAUGAGCCCGAUGUUAAAAAAAGGCAGAGUUGAAGCCGAAGCUGAUGUUCGUGAAGACACUUCCAUCUCUUCAGGACAGAGGCGUGUUAGUGAAUUAAAGCCUACAGAAACUGCAGCCCUUAUGUUUGACUUUGACUUUGAGUCACUUUCUGUCAUUCUCUACAAUAUUGAUGACAACCAGAAAUCCAUGCUUUCGCUCCACAAUAAUAGCUUGCGUCUCGGAGAACUCAGGCUGGACGUUAUGAACUCAACGGGAAAAAUGUUUUCAGACGGCUCCAUGGAUGUUAACACGACGCUGAAAAAAUGUACGCUGGAUGAUCUCCGAGAAGGGAUUCAGAGAGCUACAUCCAGGAUGAUAGAUAAGAAAGAUGGCGAAAGCAAUAAUGUAAUGAUUAAAAUCAACUACAAGCAAGAUAAAAGCGGAAGUGACGUUGUAGCCAUCCUGGACAAACUUUACUUGUGCGCCAGCGUAGAGUUCCUACUGACGGUAGCAGAAUUCUUCCUCAAGUCCAUGCCGGCAGCCCCCCCCUCGGAAGGGCCUGCCCAGAUCCAGCUAAAGCACACGAUGCCUGGGAAACUUCGGCCAGAAAAAGAUGGAGCUCCGCGGUCUAGCAUGAAGGUAAAAGCAUACAUCACAGACCCAGAAAUCGUGUUUGUUGCCAACUUGACAAAGGCUGACGCUCCUGCCUUAGCAGCUUCCUUCGAGUGCGACUUCUGGUUGUCCGCAGGCCCUCAGGGUCAAGACAUCUCUGCAGAAGUGAAGGCCCUCAAAGUGUUGGCUUGCCCUUUCCUCCACAAGAAGGGAGAGAAGAACGUCACGACCGUCCUUCAGCCAUGUUCCCUGAAAGCCACAGUACAGACUUCCGAAGCACAGAAAGCAUCUGUGACAAUAGAUGAAUUUAUUGUAAAGGUUUCGCCCAUUAUUCUCAACACUGUUGUAACGAUUAUGGCUGCCAUGAAACCAAAGCCGAAGGACGAAGAUUCUGGAGUCACUGCUAGUAAUGCAGGGAACCUUUGGGACACAAGGUCUAUUGACCAGUGCCACUCGUGGUUUCUUGGUAUUGACGUAGCCACAGAAGCAACCGAAUCGUUCCAAGGAAGCGAGCGGGCUGGGAAAAUGCAGAACUUUGAUUUUCAGAUGAAGUCCGUCCAGAUCACCUUGGAGUGCGGCUUGGGACAUCGUACCGUCCCCCUCCUGUUAGUGGAAUCCACCUUGGCAGGAAGGGCGAAGAACUGGUCUUCUCUUAUGACCGCCCGAGCUGAUGUGACUUUGGAGGUUCACUACUACAACGAGACUUACGCCGUUUGGGAGCCCCUUAUUGAGCGGGUUGAGAAGGGAAGCCGACAGUGGAACUUAAAGUUUAAAAUGAAGACGAACCCCGUCCAAGAUAAAAGUUUGUUGCCAGGAGACGACUUCAUUGUUCUUCCUGAACCUCAGACUUUCAUUAACAUAUCUUCAAAGGAUAUCAUGAAUAUCACCCUGUCGAAGUGCUGCCUGGCUGUCUUGAACAAUCUAGCCAAGGGGUUUUCAGAAGGAACAGCUUCCACGUACGACUACUCUUUGAAAGAUCGGGCUCCUUUUACAGUGAAAAACGCCUUGGGCAUUCCCCUCAAAGUUCACGCGAGCAGAAAUCUCCAGGUUGUCGGAUUGACUUCGAGCAAAGACAUUCACGAUGUAGGAGUUGGUCAGAAGUUGGAAUUGGAGUACGCUGCCCAGGAGCCCCUGCCCAGAGGAAAGCUGUCCGUCUUUCAUCGCCAGGAGAGCUCCACGUUCACUUUGGCCCUCGUGCCUCAGGACUACACAGAGGUGGCGAACAUCCCCAUAACAAAACCUGGGCGAAGGCUACACAAUGUCAGAAAUCCUUUCCACAAUCAUUCGGUCUCCGUUCUGGUUCAGAUUGACGCAGAGGAAGGAAACAAAGUUGUUACUAUACGCUCCCCUUUGCAGAUUAAGAACCACUUCUCUGUCCCGUUUAUCAUUUACAAAUUGGUCAAGAACAUUAAGCAGUUGGAACCCAUUGGUGUAUCCAAGCCGGACGAGGAAUUCCAUGUCCCGUUAGAUUCAUACAGGUGUCAGCUGUUCGUGCAGCCCGCUGGGCACUUAAAAGGCCAAUACAGUCCAUCCACGACCUACAUAGCGUGGAGAGAGGAACUCCAUAGGAGCAGUGAAGUCAGAUGCAUGCUGCAGUGCCCAUCGACCGAAAGCAGCUUCCUUCCUUUAAUACUCAACACGGCUGCCGUGCCCGAUGAACUGACUUUCAUCGCAACCCACGGGGAGAACUGGGAUCCAGCUUACAUUAUCCAUCUGUAUCCAACAGUCACCUUGCGGAAUCUCCUCCCCUACUCGUUACGAUAUCUCUUGGAGAGGACAGCAGAGGCCCGUGAGCUGUCGGAAGGGAGCACCGCCGACAUCCUCCAUUCGCGGUUCAGUGGCGAAAUACUGGAGCUGGUCCUGAUAAAAUACCAGGGCAAGGACUGGAACGGCCACGUUCGACUCAGGGAAGGGCUGCCGGAGUUCUUUCCCGUGUGCUUCACGUCAAACUCUGCGGACGCGACCACGGUGGACGUGCACAUCCAUAUCAGGAAAGCGGGCGGCCGCGUGGUCCUGUCGGUGUUCAGCCCUUACUGGAUCAUCAACAAGACCUCCCGUGUUCUCCAGUAUCGGGCGGAAGACAUGCACGUGAAGCACCCGGCGGAAUACAGGGAUAUCGUCUUGUUCUCCUUCAAGAAGAAAAACAUUUUCAGUAAGAACAAGAUCCAGUUAAGUAUUUCAACCAGUACGUGGUCCAGCGGUUUCUCUCUAGAUACAGUAGGAAGUUACGGCUGUGUGAAGUGCCCAGCCAACACAAUGGAUUUUCUGGUUGGCGUUAGCAUCAAAAUGAGCAGUUUCAAUCUGACGAGGAUAGUUACUUUAACUCCGUUCUACACCAUAGCCAAUAAGUCUUCCUUUGAAUUGGAAGUAGGGGAGCUGGCUGCUGAUGGCUCCCUGCCUACGAAUAAAUGGAGUUAUUUUGCAGCUUCAGAGUGUCUUCCAUUUUGGCCGGAAAACUUGUCUGGCAAGCUGUGCAUCAGAGUGAUCGGUUUUGCAAAGGUGUCCAAGCCGUUCUUCUAUAACCGACAGGACAACGGGACUUUGCUGAGCCUGGAAGAGCUGAACACAGGCAUUCUGGUGGACGUGAACGUGUCGGAUCAUUCGACGGUGAUCAACUUCUCAGACUACCACGAGGGAGAUGCUCCGGCUCUGAUCAUAAACCAUACAUCCUACAUUACCAUCAAGUACCGGCAAAGUGGGUUACAGGAAGAGAUGGAGCUAAAGCCGCAGGAGAUGAAGUUGUUUGCCUGGGCAGAUCCCACCGAAACUAGAAAACUAGCCUGGGUGUCUACACAAAGCUUUGGCGAACAUGACCUUCUUAAGGAUGAAUGCGGUCAGUUUCCUUACAACUCCAACACCCUGGUCCACUGGGUCUCUUUCUUGGAUGGACGUCAGAGGGUGCUGCUUUUCACAGACGACGUUGCCUUAGUUUCUAAAGCACGGCAAGCCGAGGAGAUGGAACAGCCUGAUCAAGAAAUCACCGUAUCUCUUCAUAGCCUUGGGCUUUCCCUGGUCAACAAUGAAAAUAAGCAAGAAAUCUCUUACAUAGGGAUUACCAGCUCAGGAGUGGUUUGGGAAUUUAAACCAAAGCAGAGGUGGAAGCCGUUUAACCAAAAACAGAUAAGCCUGUUGGAACAUGCGUAUGAGAAAUAUCUUUCUGGAGGAUAUGCGGACCCUUCUGGCUGGGUUCGAGUGGAUAAUAACUUGGAGGUAAACUUUAACAAGAUGCCGAUGGAAAUGCGGCUUCCUCUCAGAUGCGACGUCAAGCGGGAUUUCUUAUCCGGCAUCCAUAUUGAAUUCAAGCAGUCUCCUCAUCAGCGGAGCUUACGGGCCCAGUUAUACUGGCUGCAGGUUGAUAACCAGUUGCCCGGCUCGAUGUUUCCUGUCGUGUUUCAUCCUGUGGCACCUCCAAAAUCCAUCGCCUUGGAUUCAGAGCCGAAACCGUUCAUUGACGUUAGCAUCAUCACUCGAUUCAAUGAGUACAGUAAAGUGCUGCAGUUCAAAUAUUUCAUGGUUCUCAUCCAAGAGAUGGCCCUGAAAAUAGAUCAGGGGUUUUUAGGAGCUAUAAUCGGAUUUGCCACUCCGUCGACAGACCCAGAAGCGGAAAGACAAAAGACAAAGUUGAUUCAAAAGGAUAUAGAUGCUCUUAAUACAGAGUUGAUGGAGUCCUCCAUGACUGAUGUGUCCACCCUUAGCUUCUUCGAGCACUUCCAUAUUUCUCCUGUGAAGCUACAUUUGAGCCUUUCUUUGGGUGCCGGUGGAGAAGAAUCUGAUAAAGGCAAAGAGGAGUUCGCUAUCCAUUCUGUAAACCUGCUGCUGAAGAGCAUUGGGGCCACUCUGACGGAUGUGGACGACCUUAUAUUCAAGCUGGCUUUCUUCGAAAUCAAGUACCAGUUUUACAGAAGAGAGCAGUUGAUGUGGAAAGUUGUAACACACUACAGUGAACAAUUUUUGAAGCAGAUGUAUGUGCUGGUGCUGGGCUUGGAUGUCCUGGGAAAUCCCUUUGGCUUAAUCAGAGGCUUGUCGGAGGGCGUGGAAGCUUUCUUCUACGAGCCUUUCCAGGGAGCUGUCCAAGGACCCGAAGAGUUUGCCGAGGGCUUUGUGAUCGGAGUCCGAAGUCUGCUCGGUCACACAGUGGGCGGCGCGGCGGGCGUGGUGUCCCGGAUCACCGGCUCCGUCGGAAAAGGACUGGCCGCCAUCACCAUGGACAAGGAGUACCAGCAGAAGAGGAGAGAGGAGAUGGGCCGGCAGCCCAAAGACUUUGGGGACAGCCUCGCAAAAGGAGGAAAAGGCUUACUGAGAGGCGUCGUUGGAGGAGUGACUGGGAUCGUCAUGAAGCCUGUGGAAGGUGCCAAAAAGGAAGGUGCAGCCGGCUUCUUCAAGGGCAUCGGGAAAGGCCUGGUGGGUGUGGUGGCACGCCCCACGGGAGGCAUCAUCGACAUGGCCAGCAGCACGUUCCAAGGGAUCCAGAGGGUAGCAGAGUCUACAGAAGAAGUGAUACCGCUCCGCCCCCCUCGCCUUAUCCGUGAAGACGGCAUCAUCCGGCCCUACGACAGAGGGGAAGCAGAGGGAUAUGAUUUGUUUGAGAAUUCUCAUAUCAAGAAGCUGGAAGGGGAGAGUUUCCGAUCUCGCUGUGCUUUUCCGGGAAGCAGGAAGGCUCACCUCGUCAUAACCAACAGGAGGUUGUUGUGCAUAAAGGAGGUGGAGAUUCUUGGGCAUGUGACUACAGACUGGGAUUGUUUAUAUGAAGACUUCACUCGCCACCCUGCCGUGGUUGAAAAUACACUACAAAUCUUUGUUAAGGACUACGGGCUCUUAAAAUUCCACAAAAAAGAGGGCUCGGGACAAGAGAUGCUGAGGAAGAUCCAGUUCAGUGAUGCAGAGUCAGCAAAGAGGGUUUGCCGUGCCAUCAACGAAGCCCGAGCAUCGCGGCAGCAGCAGAAGCUGGUGAAGCAGGCAUCUCUCAAGCUGAGCAAGCCUCAGGGACCUUCUUAACUUGCAGCCGAUUCACUGAGGUGGCCUUCCCAGGGAAGGGGUUUCCCAGAAACCAGGGGGUGUGGUCUGCAGGGGGGCGGGGUUCCUCUGCCUUUCCACCCCCAGCUCCUUAGACCGACCGUCACCUCCGAAAAAAAUCACUGCUGUGCCUUCUUGAAAAUCUCGGCGUAUAAUAAUUUCCUGCAACAACAAAAAAAAUACAAGAGAAGGGUAAAUUAAUCAUGCCUGCUUUAUUUUUAUCACUAAAAAGCGACCAAAAUAUUUUUAAAUUUUUGUUACAGUUGGCAAUAUACGUUGAAUGAGUGUAUUAAGUUCACAAACAAAACCAUGUUCUGAAAAUCUGCCUAGUUUGUCAUGGGAUACAUUUUAUAAUGUUGGAAAUGCUUCUUAGAGUUUAUGGGGUUUGGGGGGAGAUCUUUUUUUUUCCUUUUAUCUUUCAGCGAAAGACAGUGCACUUUGAAAAUGUAUUCCGGGUACAAAAUGUUUAUCUUCCAAGCUUUACAUGAAAUCUGGCUGCUCUAGAAAUGAAGACACGGCUUGAGAAACACACCGUGCUGCUCUUUCACGGGGUGUAGGCUUAAAAGAAGGACGCAGCGCUUUCAACAGGUGUGCUGACUCCGUAGCCUGUGUGUAAACCCAGCUCAGGGACACGACAGUGUGCAUCGUACGAAAGCACAUAUAUUUACUGAUUGCACAAGUUAAUCUGUUCAAGUUAACUGCCGCGCAAACGAAGCCAGUCAGCAAGUAUAUAAUCAUGUUCACCUCAGAAGCACCUCUGAAUCCUUUGCAUGAACAUUAGGCUGCUAUUCAGCAAGGCACGUUAGCUGCGGGAUUAACUCACUGCUUUGUUUACAAGAGCUUUUGCACUUUGGCAGCAGUGGGGUAUUAUAAAGCGAGUCCUCUUUACUGACUAGGUAUCGAAUCCAGUAGUCCCACUGUUGGUGUUUUGCUGUACAAAUGAAGGGACCCCUGUUGAAAAUUCAGCAUUGUGCAAGUAUUUCUAUGCCCCUCCAGUGGCUUUUCCCCCAUUUGCAAACAUUCUGCUUUAGGUAUCUUUUUUUUUUUUAAAGUGUCCAUUUCAUUUUUGGUAGUUCCACAACCAGGCUCCAAAAUUGACUAAGAGCAUCGAAUGCAUGAAUUCUUUUCAAUGUUGUUCAGCCAGUCGCUUCCCAAAGAAGAAGGCUUAAUGGCCAAAGCUGUAAUAGCAGCACAAAGCUGUACCCAAGUGCUGUUUUGAGAGCUGGUAUCGAAUUUUUGAGAAACCAGACUUUUCUUUAUCGUGGCCAAUGCGAGUUCUGGGGGCUGAUAAUUGUACUGCUGUAUACUGGUGUGUUGUUUUUUUUUCUUUAAAGGAAAAGUUAUUUUUUUUUGUUGCAAUAUUGUUUUUAGUGUGUCUUUCUGCAUCACGUUACACUUUAUUUUGACAUGUCAAAAGAGAUGACAAGCCAUGAAGUCUGGCUGAUUGGUUAAUAGGCGGAAGGACUCCUCAGAACUGUCCGUGGGUAAGCACUCUGUACCUGGCGUGUUUUCCUUUGCUUCCAUCCUUCUGUGUACAAUAUUGCCAAAUAAAUGAUUUUAUAUGCA